AGACCGGAGCGGGACUCGAGCUCGGCAGCAACAGAUUGUCAGGCCUCUGAUCUCGCAACCGAAAAACAAGUGUCCAAGAAAAGCUCGAUUUUCUGAGAAAUAUAGUUUCAAAAGGUAGAAAAAUUAUUUCUUCAGCCACUUCCUGCAGAUUCUCAAAGCCCGGCAAAUAACUCCCUCGUUCCUUUGUGAAGACUGCCUGGUCUACUUUGUAAGUUGCUUGUCGUGACUGAAGCCAACAUUACCUGCUUGAAGAAGCUCUGACACAAGGGAGCAUUUUCACUUUGAAGUAUUCCACGUAGACAGAGUCCUCAAAGGAGUUGAGAAGACAUCGGUCUGUUUUAAAAUGUGGUUUUCACUAAAACGACAGCAGCUGAGAUGUACCUCCUUCAUUAUGAGUUUCUCUCUUCUUUUGGGUCUACCCCAAGCAUGUUCUGCGCAAGGUGGAGAGUAUAGCUGUGAGGUGGAGUUUGAAGAAAUGUGCAUCACUAAGGUAAUAUGGAACAUUCCAGAAACGUAUGUGAAAGAAGGAAAGCACUUCACUGUUUCAUAUGUGACAACCGAUGGAAAAACAGAGAAGGCUGUUGCUCUGCACAACGUGGGACAUUACAUAUGCGAUGCGGUAGGAGACCACACCUGUACACAGGACAGUCCAGGUACCUCAGCCGCCAUCAACUCUGUGACAUCCUGCGUCACCGGCAGACUGUAUAUACUGGCUGCUGACGGAGAAAAAGGGUUUCCUUGCACACCAGCACAAAAUGGAAGGAAGCCGGAUGUCAAAAUUGAAGUCUCUGAUGAAGAUAGUAAUGCUCCGUGUUCUCUUGACACGCCAGUAGUCAGUGAUGAAGCUAACAGUCGCAACAAGAGAAAAGCUUCUGGUGAGAAAUGUAAAGAGAAAUUAUCAGACAAGAGGAGGCAUUCCGGAGCGGGGAAGCUGAUAAAGUGGUCAUCGGCAUUUCAUGCGGUGUGGCUACUUUGGUCAUUGUACUGGCAGCAGGUGCCACGUUCUACUUCAUCAAGAGACGGGGGAAAAAGAAAGAAGACAUACGUGGAUACGACGCAGUGUCUACAAACAUCUAAUGCAAAUUGUAAACUUAGUCUUACGGUCGUAAGAGGAAUGAGCCUUUAUUUUUCUCGGGUCCAUCUUUGGUGAGGGCGGUGUCCACCACUUCUCCAUCAUUGCAUUGACUUUCUCAACGCUCUACGGAGUCUGGUGUCCACUCAACAGCUAGGUCAGCUGGAAGUAAAAUGUUGUGUUACAUGGGGUUUUGAACUGGCUAGGGUUUGCGCCUUGGGAUGACGAUGCUCUAACCACUAGGCUACAGGCUUUCUCAAACCAUCACACACACAUCCACUCACAUACAAUGUGUUGUCAGGUUAGUGCACCGCAGUCUGUCAGGAGAUGCCGUUACCCGGCGGAGACGCUACGGUAUACGUCCACCUUGACAGCUGCACAGCAUGAACCUGACAUGUACAUACAGCUUUUAUUACAAAAACUGACAUUGUAAUGAGGCAAACUCAAUCAUUUAAAUGCCUUUCAUACAAGGAAAAGACAACAAUUUUGAAAGGCAAGAGGAAAGCUUCAUAGCGUAGUGGUUAGAGUCAACCACAAGGUUGCUAGUUAAAGUCCUGAGGCUGAAGAACCUACCAUAGCCACAAAGAGUACCUUAGCAGAAAUGGGUAGCAUGUUUAUCAAGGGAGGUAAUGGCGUGAAAGAAAAGGUCUGGUCUUCCACAUGCCUGCUCUAGACACGGUGGACCACUUACACUGACUGCUCCUAUAGUCAUUACCAUUUGUGACACGUUACAUUUCCAUCAACAUAUUGUCUGUCCAUUUUUUUUCUAUUCUCGUUUUAUUUCUUAGAAUUUGAAAAAAAUUAAGGGAUUCUCUGAUCACAUGUUAACAGAUGAAUUAGAUUCUUUGGAAAUUAAACAAAACCUUUAAUAAUGUGCAAAAUAAUUUUCUUUAUUUACUCUACUCUGAAUAUUUUAUAUUAUUGCUGAGCAGCCACAAAAUUACAAUAAAGUGUUGAGUGAAACAUUCAUUUUACUAGAAUUACAAAAUAUUUACAAUCAUGUUAAGUACUUUAAGGAAAAAUACACAUAACUUUGAAUGUGUACUUCACAAGAAAGAAAACUUCUUUUGCAUAAUCUUUAACUUAUGUUCUUCUUCUUUUAUAUUUCUCAUAUAAUAAUUAUGAUUAUAUGUCUAAUAAUUCAGUUCAAACUGAAGUUUGGGCUUACAGUUAAGUAUUUUAUUUAAUAUCGUAAAAUGUUACAUCAAAAAAUUGACUGGUGUUUGUACUGUAUUAGUUUUGUUUACUGCGGUUUUGCUGUUAGAAAAUGCUCCUAAAGCUUCGGGAGAAAAAUAAAUUUUUGCCUAUAUUCAAUU